CCUCGAAAUUUUAGUCUAUGGUUUGUGUCCAUUGUUUUUCUACAAUGUUAUUUUUCUGACUGCUGCUUGACGAUAAAUUUGGUUUCUCCGUCUGGUGUGUGACUUUUGUGAUAGUGUUCGUGCUCGAUAUUGUGAUUUAUUAGAAAUAGAUCACGAAGAUGUCGUCACCGAGCGCUGGGAAACGUCGAAUGGACACAGAUGUCAUCAAACUUAUCGAGAGUAAACACGAGGUGACCAUUUUGAGUGGCCUCAACGAAUUCUGCGUCAAAUUCUUCGGACCUCCUGGAACCCCUUACGAAGGCGGCGUGUGGCGCGUGCGAGUCCACUUGCCAGACCACUAUCCUUUCAAGUCGCCGUCUAUAGGUUUCAUGAAUAAAGUGUAUCAUCCGAACAUAGACGAAGUAUCCGGCACAGUCUGCCUCGACGUCAUCAAUCAAGCAUGGACCGCAUUAUAUGACUUAUCGAACAUAUUCGAAUCCUUCCUGCCACAGCUGCUCACAUACCCGAAUCCCAUAGACCCGUUAAACGGUGAUGCCGCCGCUAUGUAUCUUCAUAAACCAGAGGAGUACAAGAAGAAAGUAUCAGACUACGUACGAAGGUUCGCGACGGAGGAAGCCCUCUUAGAGAAGGACGCGAUAACGGGCAUGGGCGCUACGCCCGCCUCCUCGGGCUCCAAGUCUAACGGCAACGCCAACAAUAACACAGACACAGAGAGCUCCAUGAGCGACUUCAGUGAUGACGAAGCGCACGACAUGGAGUUAUAACGCACGCACGCACUCCAACGCUCACACUCUAUAUUGUCUAUGCUCUCCGCUGUACGUGCGCCCGCGGAGGUUGUGUCUGUGACGCAAUGUUAACGCAUCCGACUGUUCUUUUUGUUUUUAAAUGUUUAUUGGUGAGGGAUAUACGCAUUGUGCCGUCGGUGGCGUUACUUUGACUUCACCGAAAGUUUUGAGAUGCAAUAUUCGUUUAAUGUGGUUUUUAAUCAUGUAGCUUCGUUUCUCGUUUCUUAUGUACAGUCAACAGGACAUCAGGUUAUACGAAACUUAUUUUUUUCAUUCGGUAUUGAGCUUUAAUACGUUGGGAUUGAAGUUCAAAGUCGAUUAUGGAUAAACAACUUCUGGUAACCCGAUGUCUUGUUGUUAGUAUAAAAUGAGGGAACAUUUUAAUUUUGUUUCCAAUUAUCGUCAUUAUGCGAUAAUUUUGUGAGGCAAGUGAAAUCUGAAUCUGUAUGCUUAUAAAACAGUGUAUGAGUGUAAUGUAGCAUCCACACAUCUAAUACAAACUGAUUUAAUACAAUUCCUCACUCCUAAACUCAACAUAAUAAAGUUUAAAAUUGAGUUAUUUUUUUUUCGCAUAAAAUAAGCUGUUACCAUUGCAGUGUUCUGUCUCUUUAAUAUCAAUAAUCUUUUUUUUAAUCAGUUUUGAGUUACACUGUUUAUAAGCAAAUUGGUUCUUGUUUACAUUUGAAAUCUUUUCGGGUGUUAAUUUAACGUCCCGAUUUCACAGCGCGUAUCCGCUCGCCGAACUAAUCGAUGUAAGCUUUUCCUUUUUACAUAUAAAAUGGCACCUUGAUAUUCGUUAAAUAAUAAGAUGUAUGGACUAUCGCUCAACAUGUGUCUAAAACGCUUAAAUAUAUUCUCAUAUUUUUUCUAUAUAAAUCAUAUCUAUAAAUAAGGAUGGAACGGAAAUGAAAUGGGAUGUACUCACAUUGAACGUAAUCAUAUCGGGGUGCCUAAAUAACAUCAGAAAUUACUGUUACAUACGUAUCGGCAGUACGUUAGGUUAUCAACUAAUUGUCAAAAUCCGUAAUUCUGAACUCUAUUUGUAGUGUACUAUGGGUUUUUGAUCUAAAUAUGACAGUUUAGUAUAACCUAACGUGUUGUUGAUUGUACUUGAAAAUAAAAAUAUCUUACUGACUUUUUUAAAAUUCACUUCGGGUCACAGACAAAUUUUUUGAAAUGAAUUUAAUGAAGGAAGACGAGCCAUUCUUUCUGUAUAAUCAUAGUGAAUUUCGUGUUUGCUGCUAACUAUGUACAUUUUAUUUAUAUCUCUAAAAUAUAGUGUAAAUCUAAAAAUCAGAUUGUAUUUAUGGACCAUUAAAUAUUGCCAAUUUGUAGAUUGUUAGUUCGGAAGUGCAUAUGGUCAGAGGUUGUGCGAUAAAGAAGCGCAGCAAACGGUUUAAAAUAAAACGCCUGAUUAUCUAAUAAUCAAUUUGAAAUUCGUGUUUUUAAAUAUUAUAGUUGUUGGUGUGUCGAAAAGUGUUAUUGGAAAAUAAUAGGAUUGUCUAUGGCUUGUCUUUGGUCGUUAGUGUCUAUGCUUAUGAUAAGCUGCAAUAUGAUAGAAAAAAAGUGUUCACGUUUCGGAUUAUCAGUAGUACGAUAUAGUUUGGCUUUGGAGAAACGGAUCGAGAUCGAAGUAGGGUUAUCUCUAUUAUUAAUAAUAAAUAUAUGGAUCUUAUAACAAAUGUCAGUUAACUACUUAUAUUUAGUAUUGGUGGACGAUAUUGUGUGUUUCAAUUCGUAUCCAUUUGAAUAAUAAUGCAUAUUUGUAAUGUCUCGUCAUUUUAGAGAGGAUUUCGUUUACGUCAUUCUCUUUGUGAUGAAACUGGGAAAACCAAGUAAUGUUAGCAGCUUGCAAUAUGUGAUAGUUUUAAUUGACAACACUGCCAUUAUAAUGGAAAGAAAGAUACCCUAAUGGGUAUCUUUCUGUUUAAUAACUUACUACCGUUUAGAGUUUAUUUAAUUUUAAACAACUAUCAAAAGCAUAUAUUCUCAAAUAAAAUUUAUAUCCGAUAGUUAAACGAUAGUUAAAAAUAUGACUAUUAAGUAAAAUUAUAUUCGUCCACCAUUAUUAUUUGUAUAUAUAGCUAACGUAUUCGUGUUGAAAUUUUAAAUCACAAUUUUUACCUUAUAACCUUGUGUACCGCAGCAACGGAGAUGCGUGUGAGCGAGACAGCACUAUGUAAAUAUCUUUCUAUCUGUCCCCAUAGCGUAAAUCCAAAAUCUAAAACAUACGGCCCGUAUUGACGGACUAAAGUCAACACUUUAUAUCUCAUAGGUAUUUAAUUAUUUUUUAUUAAUAGUGUUAAUUAUUAAACAAACGAUGUGUCAUGUUUAUUUGUGGUUUUUGUCUAUCUCCCUCUAUGACUAAGGAAUAAUACUUUUUUUCAUUGGCAACACUUGAAAGUUUAUAGUCUAUGUUUUGGGGUUGACACACUUAAAAUCAUUUGUAUGCAUUGUUAUUUUUGUACACGGAACUGUGAUUUCUUCUUCCUACGAUUUGUUUGUUGAAUAAAGUCAAUUUGUCAUAAAGAGGUUGAGAAAUUUGAUAUAGCAGCAUGUACUUAGUAUAAUUGCCCUUUCUAUUAUUGCUUUUAGAUAUUUUUCUUAGAUCAUUAUGUUUUAGCUUCAACACCGUUCUGAUAUAUUAUUUUUAAUUAUAUUUACUUUAGACGCAUUAUAUGAAAUUUAAUUGUAUUGUCAUAUAAUAUUUAGAAAUGUAUAAAAUUUUCUUCUGCUAGUAGAUAAAUGUAAAAUUCGCCUACAAGUGGACAAACAUUUGAUUACACUUCGUGCCGCUAUUACAUGGUCAUUAUAUUUUUUUUCUAAUGUUGCAUUUGAACAUAUAUUUGAAAAGUUCAUAUUUUCGGACGGUGUUGAAUGCUUACCAGAGGCAGUUGUUUACACCAAAUAUCUAGCAUUUCGUUCAUGACAACUCGACGAGCGUUGACGCUUCGCUGAUUCUGCCAAUGUGGAUGUUUUGGCCGUAUUUGUGGUGUUCUUUUUAGUUAAAUCGAAUAAAAUUGUAACAAUUAAAACUGUUUCAUAUCCUUUUUAUAAUAAAAUCAGUACACUUAUUUAUAUUAUGAUGUAUGAUCGAAUGGAUGUCGGGACAUCGUCAACGCGGUCGAGUGUGAUAAAUAAAUUUAAUACAAAAUAAUGCUAUUAUUAAACAACUAAUUUAAUAUAACAAUUUCAGCUCAAAAAGAACAUCACAAACAAUUGCACAGAUCUCUAAUACGACAUAUUGCGAACUCAAAAGUGUUGCAAACGUCUUAAUAAAUAAGUGUAGGUUACGAAUAGAUAUAAACACGAAGAUUAUUAUUAUAUAUUAUGUAUCUUUGAAAAUGAUAACUCAAGCCAUAAUAAUAUAUUUUGGUAUAAGGAGGUAAUACGUUAAAAUUUUAGUUGUGUACGAAGUUGGAUGGAUGCUUAUCUAAUUCUGGUGUCCUGCCAACUGUUUCAGAUUGCUGAGUUGUCUAGUUAUUAAAAUCGCUGUGGUAUAGAUGUGUAGUUGUGUAAAUCGACACUUGCUGAGGUUUUUUAUUGUACUGUAUUAUGAUAACAUAUAAACCGAAUACAAACUUGUUAUUAUUUUUUGAAAUAUAAUAUUGUGUGUAGUUUUUUUUGUCAACAAGUGUACACGUUGCAUGUGCAUAUGCUCAUGUUGCUUGAUCGUCUAUUGAAUUACUACAAUUAACUACAUUUUAAAAUCUCGAUUGAUAUAAAGUAAGUUCAUAAGCACACAAUCGCAGUAUGUGCAAUCGAAAACCUCAGCGGUAACAAUUGUGAACGAAUAACAUAAAAUAAAAUAAAAUCUAUGACGAAAUUCUAUCGAAUUGGUUUAACUUUUUUUUUAAAUAUUUUAACUAUUGAAAUGUGGUCCCGUCACGAUUGUUACUGGAAGUUUAUGCGCAGUCGAAUUAUCUAUAGUUUACCAAAUUGAUAAGGGGGGCAUGUUCCCCGUGGAGCGGUUAUGUACAUGUAACAGAAUAAAACUAUAUUAUAUUUUUAUUUCAUUACAUGUAAUAAACUUACGUUAUUUUUAAACUACA